AUGAGUAUGACAACAACACCAAUAAUAUCUAACAGAAACACAACAACAACAACAUUCUCUCAGGAGCAAUUACUUCUAUUUUUUCAAGAUCCAAUUGCAGUUAUUCGAAUUUAUCAAAUUGGUUAUUUAUUUACAUUUUUACUUGGUUUUCCUGGUAAUAUAGCUAGUUUAUUUACAUUUUCACAACCAACAUUACGAAAAGUAUCAACUGGUUGUCUCUUUAUUACUUUGGCUAUUUCGGAUAUAUUAUAUUUAUUUAUGUGUAUCUUUGAUUUUCUAGAAUUUGGUUUAAAAAUUCGUUUCUAUAGUCAUGUUGCAUAUGAUGAACUUUGUCGAUUUCGUUCAUUUAUAAUGAAUGUAACUCAAGUUUCAUCAGCAUGGAUAUUAGUAAUAGUUUCUAUUGAUCGGUGGAUUCGAACACGAUUUCCAUUUAAAUCAAAUUUGAUAUGUACACCAAAGAAAGCUUUGAUUGCUGUAGGUGUUUUACUUGUGAUUGAUAUUGUUCUUCAUGUUCAUAUGUUAACUCCUAUGUUUGGAACGCUUAUACCUGGCUUUUCAAUUGCAGCAUGUGGACCCACUAUAACAAGCAUUUCAUACUUCUUAUUCUACUUUUUAAAUUGGAGUAUAGUUCAAAUCUUAACGACUUGUUUAAUACCAGUUGCUAUAAUGUUGACUAUUCUUAUCGAUAUAUUUAUUAUUGUUCGUGCUCGUAAACAAGCAGUUAUUCAACUAGUUCAAUUUGCUUGCAAUAAUAGAAAUAUUAAACAACAAAAUACUCUUCAAAAACAUAUAUUUAUUCUUAUGUUUGCAAGUAUAUGUAUUUUUCUGAUUACUUCUCUUCCAUUGGCAAUUUAUAAAAUACUCUCACCACGACAAGCAUUUGUGUCAUUCAAUGUUUUUCAGAUAAUAUCUAUUUGGGCAUAUUUGAAAUGGUUUCAAAGUCUUUUUUAUGCAGUCAGUUUCUAUAUUCAUUGUCUUAGUUCAACAUUUUUUCGUAAAGAAUUUAAAGCAAAAAUAAAACGUAUAUUCAAUAUACGUCAAACUCCAGUAACUGUAAUGCAAUAUGCAACAACACUUCAACAUAUUCGACUUCAUGAAACUCGGACGAAAUAUUAA